AAAAAAGCCAUUUGCUCAAUCCCCGUCAGGUUAAUCCCGGACCUCACCGCCGCCACUUUUCCCCGAUCCCUUCCUAGGCGGACCUCACUUUCCUAGAGCACACGCACGCAUCUUUUCGUUGCUCCUGCACGACAUCCUGCUUUGUCUCUUUUCAGCCUUGCCACCCGAAGCGGUGCCCAUCUCUGGAUCCUUUUGCAUCUCUAUUUGGUCUUUUGUCUUUUGUUCCUUAACCUAGUCGGAUCCACUUCUUGGCUGCCGCGCGCAAAUGACUUCGGUCUGAACUCUUGUUGCUCACGACGCUCUCGCUCUGAACAACAGUCCAUGUCGCACACCCUUCCCGCUCACCUUCCCGUCAAUGUUCCACUAUGCCAUUUUCGAACCUAGUUCCCACUCAGCCAGCUUCACCACUGGCACGUCGGCCCAAGGUCGUCAUGCCCUCAAGCCCGUUGUCUCCGACGAUUGAUCUCAGCAUCGACUCCGAUAGUGACGACGCCGCCCAAGAGUCGACUCUUCCUGCCACUCGGUCGCGGCACUUCACCCAGGCUACCCAGAUCGUCGACCGGCCGACCCUCAAGCCUAGUGCCCCAAGCCUUUCCUCGUCCCGGUCGGCCUCGCCCGCCGUCGAAGUUCCUGCAUCCUCGCCAUUCCGACAGAAUGCUUCUGCCGCCAGCGGUCGCCUGGCAUCAGCCAUGGCUCCUCGUGGCACUUCGUUCCGCCCACCACCCGCACAAAUCCGCCAGUCCCGCCAGACGAACUUCCGCCCACCUCAGGUCUUGGGAAAGCGCUCGUCCCCCGUAGCCCAAGCGCGCGAUCCGGCGUCCAGCCCUAGGGAGGCGAUUUACGUCGGGGACAGCUCGGCAGACGAACGCCCGGCACGUGGUGAUAUCCCCCGGACUUCCUUCAACCGGAACGACACCAAGGACAGCGCGACCGCAUCGUCCAUCACCAGCCCAAACACGUCGAGCGCGGCCGAAGCCAGCGAGAUCGAUAUAGCCCCCAAGGGGAGCAUCUUGGAGAAGCGUCUGGAGCGCCUGAUAUACUCCACCUCCAAGGUCAACAAGACCCCUCCGCUCUCCAAGAUAGUGCCCAACCGGACGCUUCUCGAGUACCAGACGGCCCUGCUCAGGUGCGGUGAGGACAAGGAUGAGGCUGCGACUUGGUUGCUCGACAACCCGGCCACCAAGAAGGCCCGCCAGGACGGCCCAAAGGGCGCCCCCGCGGACAAAAAGGCAUCAAAGAACGGAGAUGUUAGAAACUUCAUCCGAUCGUUUGCCCACGGGAAGCCGGAUCUCGGAUCAUCCAAGGCAACACCAAUGACCGUGGAUGACUCUGAUAUGGAUGAGAUAGUUGCUGCGACACCCGAUCGCAAGCCUACCAAGAGGCUGCAGCGAGGUCGCCGACCCGGCGCAUCUCCCGUAUCUUCGCCGGUCAAGUCUGCUAUCAAGCCGCAGGAAAAGAAUCCCCAAGCCAAGAAGCCCCAAGAUGCUCCCGAGGAAGAGGCUUCGGAGGAGGAGGAGGAGCCCAUCGCCAUCACGGAUGACGACGAUUCGGACUCGGAUGCCUACGACAGCCCUGAGCCCCAGGACGACAAUUCGAGGAGCGAGAAAGAGAACCGUGUUCUCAAGUACCUGAACGAGUGCGAGCUCAAUGGUCUCCUGGCCAUAUGCGGCAGCUCCAAGCAGAAGAAGGAUGGUGCGAAGGCCAUGAUCAAGGCCCGCCCUCUCAGGACCCUGGCUGCGGCCAAGGAUGUUACAGUUACUGGCAACACCAAGGGCCGAAAGUCCAAGGUCGAGGUCAUCGGAGUCGGCGAGGAUAUCGUCUACGAAGUCUCGAGGUUCAUCAAGAGUCUCGAUGCUAUCGAUCAGGUGGUUCGGAAGUGCGACGAGGAGGGUGUUCGCAUGAAGUCGAUCACGGACCACUGGAACAUGGAUUCACGAGGCGUCAAGAUUACGGACCAGCGCCGAGACGGCCAGUUGACCCCCUCGAGUGCUGAUGGCCACCCGCUCAAGGUCCGGGAUCUGCCAAUCUCGCGUGAGCCCAAGAUGAUGCAGGGUCGAUGCACCAUGAAGUCGUAUCAGCUUUGGGGCCUGAACUGGCUUCACCAGCUCUACCAGCGCAAGUUCGGGUGCAUCCUCGCCGAUGACAUGGGGCUUGGAAAAACAUGUCAGAUCAUUUCGUUCAUGUCCCACAUCGUCGAGAGUUAUGAUCCAUCAUCGGGAGAUGAGCGACCAUGGCCGAACCUCAUCGUCGUCCCGCCUUCAACAUUUGACAACUGGCAGGGCGAGUUCAAAAAGUUUGCGCCCAAAAUCAAGGUUACUGUCUACCAUGGCAAGGACAGGGAGUGGCUUGGUGACGACAUCAGGCAUGACCCCGAGGAGCACCAUGUCGUACUGACCACGUACACCCAGCUUGGCCGCACUGGUGAGAGGGAUCACACCAAAAUCAUUUCGCGGAUCCAUCCCAAUGUGGCCAUCUUCGACGAGGGCCACAACCUCAAGAACUCCAAGACGAAGCUGUACAAGGACUUGUGCAGGAUCACGGCGAACUGGAGAGUCCUCCUCACCGGAACACCUGUGCAGAAUAAUCUGAUGGAGAUGAUCAACCUGCUCAACUUUAUUCAGCCGCAACUAUUCGAUGGUCAGGUCGAAACACUGAAGGACUUGUUCGAUCAGAAGGUCACGCUACAGGAGGUGUCCAAUGGAGCAAUGCUCUUCAGUGACCGCGUACGACGAGCCCGCAGCAUCCUGGAGCCUUUUAUCCUGCAGCGGCAGAAAGAACAAGUGCUCGAUGGUUUCCCGCCCAAGACCAGCAGGGUUGUGUACUGCGAUAUGGACGAAGCGCAGAAGAAGAUAUACUACGAGUACCAUAACCGGUUCCGGAACGGCAAGGAUGUUCGGGGGGCGUCGACAGCCACCAACAGGACGAGCAACGACCAGAACAAUGUCUGGAUGCAGCUGCGCAAGGCGGCCAUCCACUCACAGCUGUUCCGGAGGCACUUUACGGACAAGAUGGUGGAGGAUAUGGCGGAUGUGCUAAUGCGCAAGGUCCCCCAGAGGCGGCUGAAGCAAGAGAACAAGAAGCAUCUCAUCGCCGAGCUGAAGGACCUGUCGGACUUUGAGCUCCACGUUUGGUGUGUGGACGAGCCCUGCGUAAAGAGCUUCGAUGUCGACUCUGGUUCAUGGAUGCGCAGCGGAAAGGUGCAGCACCUGUUGGAGCUGCUGCGUGAGUUCCGGCGAAACGGAGACAGGGCGCUGGUCUUUACGCGGUUCGCCAAGGUCAACGAGAUAUUGUCCGAGUGCCUGGUUACAGCGGACUUGCCGCACCUAUCCUUCCAGGGCAGCACCGCGGUAGAGCUGCGGCAGGACCUAAUCGACCAGUUCAACGAAGACAAGGACAUUACGGCGUUCCUGCUUACAACGGGGGCGGGGGGCACGGGAAUCAACCUGGCGACGGCCAACAAGGUUAUCAUCUUCGACCAGAGCGACAACCCGCAGGACGACGUGCAGGCCGAGAACCGCGCGCACCGGUUCGGACAGACGAGGCCGGUCGAGGUCAUCCGCCUCCUCAGCAGGGGCACUGUCGAGGAGCUCGUGUACCGGGCCUGCCAGAAGAAGCUCGAGCUGGCCAAGCGCGUCACGGGCGCGGGCAUGCCCGUCGGGGACGAGAUCGACGUUGAGGCCGAGGUCCGGCAGAUGCUGGCCGAGGAGGAGAAGUAGGCGGGCGAGGACGAACAAAGCGUGAUCGUUUCUGGCAUCAUGAGCACCGAGAACUCGCAUUAGAUGGCGUUUGUGUAUUGAAUUCUGGGUUUUUUUAACUGGACUAGUUUUGUUUUUGUUUUAUGGCGAUGAAAUCUUUUCUUUUUUUCUUCUCACACUACAUUGCCUCUUCCCCCC